AUGCCUGAGGAAGUGCACCAUGGGGAGGAGGAGGUGGAGACUUUUGCCUUUCAGGCAGAAAUUGCCCAGCUCAUGUCUCUCAUCAUUAAUACCUUCUACUCCAACAAGGAAAUUUUCCUUCGCGAGUUGAUCUCUAAUGCUUCUGAUGCUUUGGACAAGAUCCGUUAUGAGAGCCUGACAGACCCUUCCAAGUUGGACAGUGGCAAAGAGCUGAAGAUUGACAUCAUCCCCAACCCUCAGGAGCGUACCCUGACUUUGGUGGACACUGGCAUUGGUAUGACGAAGGCUGACCUCAUAAACAACUUGGGAACAAUUGCCAAGUCUGGCACAAAAGCAUUCAUGGAAGCUCUUCAGGCUGGUGCAGACAUCUCCAUGAUUGGGCAGUUUGGUGUUGGAUUUUAUUCUGCCUAUUUGGUGGCAGAGAAAGUUGUUGUGAUCACCAAGCACAAUGAUGAUGAGCAGUAUGCCUGGGAAUCUUCUGCUGGGGGAUCAUUUACUGUCCGUGCUGACCAUGGUGAGCCCAUUGGCCGAGGCACCAAGGUGAUCCUCCACCUCAAAGAAGACCAGACUGAGUACUUGGAGGAGAGGCGGGUCAAAGAGGUGGUAAAGAAGCACUCACAGUUCAUAGGCUACCCCAUCACCCUUUAUUUGGAGAAGGAACGAGAGAAGGAAAUCAGUGAUGACGAGGCAGAAGAAGAGAAAGGUGAGAAAGAAGAGGAAGAUAAGGAUGAUGAGGAAAAGCCCAAGAUCGAAGAUGUAGGCUCAGAUGAGGAGGAUGAUACUGGGAAGGAUAAGAAAAAGAAAACCAAGAAGAUUAAGGAGAAAUACAUUGAUCAUGAGGAACUGAACAAGACCAAGCCCAUUUGGACCAGAAAUCCUGAUGACAUCACUCAGGAGGAAUAUGGAGAGUUCUACAAGAGCCUCACCAAUGACUGGGAAGACCACCUGGCAGUCAAGCACUUCUCUGUGGAAGGUCAGCUGGAAUUCAGGGCAUUGCUAUUCAUUCCUCGGCGGGCUCCCUUUGACCUAUUUGAGAACAAGAAGAAGAAGAACAACAUCAAACUCUAUGUCCGUCGCGUAUUCAUCAUGGACAGUUGUGAUGAGUUGAUCCCCGAGUACCUAAACUUUAUCCGUGGUGUGGUCGACUCAGAGGAUCUGCCCCUGAACAUCUCCCGAGAAAUGCUCCAACAGAGCAAGAUCUUGAAAGUCAUUCGCAAAAACAUUGUGAAGAAAUGCCUUGAGCUGUUCUCUGAGUUGGCAGAAGACAAAGAGAACUACAAGAAGUUCUAUGAAGCAUUCUCAAAAAAUCUGAAGCUUGGAAUCCAUGAGGACUCCACUAAUAGGCGACGCCUCUCUGAACUGCUGCGCUAUCAUACUUCUCAGUCUGGAGAUGAGAUGACAUCCCUCUCUGAGUAUGUGUCCCGCAUGAAGGAGACACAGAAGUCCAUCUACUACAUCACUGGUGAGAGCAAGGAACAAGUGGCCAACUCUGCCUUUGUGGAGCGUGUGCGGAAACGCGGCUUUGAGGUGGUAUACAUGACUGAGCCCAUCGAUGAGUACUGUGUGCAGCAGCUCAAGGAGUUUGACGGGAAGAGCCUGGUGUCUGUGACCAAGGAAGGCCUGGAGCUGCCUGAGGAUGAGGAGGAGAAGAAAAAGAUGGAGGAGAGCAAGGCCAAGUUUGAGAACCUGUGCAAACUCAUGAAGGAAAUCUUAGAUAAGAAGGUUGAGAAGGUGACAAUCUCCAAUAGGCUUGUGUCUUCACCCUGCUGCAUCGUGACUAGCACCUAUGGCUGGACAGCCAACAUGGAGCGGAUCAUGAAGGCCCAGGCCCUCCGCGACAACUCUACCAUGGGUUACAUGAUGGCCAAGAAGCACCUGGAGAUCAACCCUGAUCACCCCAUUGUGGAGACGCUGCGGCAGAAGGCUGAAGCUGACAAGAAUGACAAGGCUGUCAAGGACCUGGUGGUGCUGCUGUUUGAGACUGCACUGCUGUCUUCUGGCUUCUCCUUGGAGGACCCCCAGACCCACUCUAACCGUAUCUACCGCAUGAUCAAGCUGGGCCUGGGCAUCGAUGAAGAUGAGGUGACUGCGGAGGAGCCCAGUGCUGCUGUUCCUGAUGAGAUCCCUCCCCUUGAAGGGGACGAGGAUGCAUCCCGGAUGGAAGAAGUUGAUUAGGCGCUCCCACUGUAGGAAACUUGUGCCCUCUGUAUAGUGUCCCCAGGGCUCCCCCAGCAGCCUGAGUGGUCCUGUCCCACCUUGCUCCCUCUGCUGAGUCUAGUGAUUUCUCCUGCCCUGUGUUGAAAGCAGGAAGCAAGGGCCUUGAGCCCCAUCCCCUCCAUAAUUUGACAGCAGGGUUGGAUGUUAUGUAUUGUGAUCUUAUUUUUUUGUUUAUUUUGUUCUGAAAUUAAAGUAUGCGAAAUAAAGAAGAUGCUGUUUUAUACA